CAGGCCUGUCAGGAAGGGGCUUGAAGGCGCAGGUCAAGCAUACAUCUCUUCUUCCCUCUUUUUCUUCUCCCCUCUCUCUAGAUCUUCUCUUGUUCCUCUCCGCUCUCUUUAUACCCAACUGGGCCCACCUCAUCCUCAUAUUCUAACCCUCAAACCCUGUUACCAAGAUCGUCAUCGUUAUCAUGGUCGACCAUACCCUCAAAAGCAAUUUCACCGUUAAAUUUCUCUGCAGCUACGGCGGCAAAAUCCUCCCCCGUUACCCCGACGGCAAGCUCCGUUACGUCGGUGGUGAUACACGUGUCCUAUCCGUGGACAGAUGCAUCACCUUCCGGGAGCUAAUGUUGAAAGUUAGAGAGUUGUGCGGAUCGUCGGCAGUGAGCCUGAGGUGUCAAUUGCCGACGGAAGAUCUGGACGAUGCGUUGGUAUCUAUCACCUCCGAUGAGGAUCUCACCAAUCUCAUCGAGGAAUAUGAUCGUGCCGCUCCGUCGCUAAAGAUCCGAGCCUUCCUUUUCUCGCCAAAACCAAAAAUCUCCCCUCCAUCAACGGCUAAAGGGAAAUCUUCCGACCGAUUACCAUCAUCUCGGUCCAUCCCAGCCGUCGCAGCAGCGCCCACUUGUAUGAUGCCCAUGGGAUUUCCUGUCUGUCGCGAGAAAUCCAAAUUAAACCGUUGCUAUGCCUGCGUGACGCAGCAGGGAAACGCUGCAAAUAACAUGUUUCUUGUACACAACGGCAAUCACUGGCAAUAACUCCUCCAAAACCCCCAUAUAACAAGAUCCGCUCAUGCUUUCAAUAUCUAAAAUGAAAAAAGAAAAAAGAAAAAGAAGGGAAAAAAAAGAAGAAGAAAAGGAUCUUGAUGUUGUUGUAACGGAGUGGCAAACGGACAAGAUGGACGGACUGUAAAAUCGUUAAAGGAUUCCCAAAUUCGCGGCCAUUUAAUGCAUUUUAUAAGCCCUGUUUGCAUCGUGA